AUGGCAGAGGGAUUCCUUCAACCUCCCAAAGGAAGCAAACAAUUAAUGGAGGAUGUAGGCAGUGAAUAUUUCAAUAUCUUGUUAUGCAAUUCUUUCUUUCAAGAUGUGGAGAAGGACAAAUACGGAGAUAUAGAGAUAUGCAAGAUGCAUGAUCUUGUACAAAUUGUUGGAGAGCUUGAAUAUUUCACCAUGGAGGAGGCCAAUACUGUGGAAGAUGACAUUUAUAAUGAAGUUUGUGGUUUGUCAUUUUUUCGAGGUAAUGAGGGAAGAUUUCAAACUCGACAAGCCUUGGAGAAGGCAAAGAAGUUGCGGACAUUAAUAGCUUGUCGGCCAUCAAGGUGGUUGGUCUCAAAUAUUGAUAUGUUGAUGAAAAACUUCCAAAGCUUGCGUGUGUUGGAUGUAUCACACUGCAGCAUAAAGGAGGUGCCACCAUCAAUAAGAAAAUUGAAACAUUUAAGGUACCUUGACCUAUCUUGGAAUUUCUCAAUUGAAGUGUUGCCUGAGUCUAUUACCAGCCUCUACAAUUUACAAACAUUAAAACUCAAGCAUUGCUAUCGUCGCCAAAAGCUUCCCAAGGAAAUGAGAAAGAUGGUUAGCCUGAGACACUUGGAAUUUAAGCGCAGAUGCACUAAGAUGCCUGUUGAGAUGGGGAGAUUGACUAAAUUGCAAACAUUAACAUAUUUUAUAGUAGGCAAAGAUGAAGGAUGCAGUCUUAAAGAGCUGAAAUGCUUGAACCUCAAAGGGGAACUGACCAUAAGUGGUCUGGAGAAUGUAACAAGCUGCGGAAUAGAAGAAGCUAGGGAGGUAGAUUUGAAAGGGAAUAAGCAUGAUUUUCGUGAUUUAACAUUAGAAUGGCGGCAUUUUAAUACUGGCAUGAAUGAUGAUCAUGAUGAUGUGUUAGAAGGCCUAAAACCUCAUCCAAACUUGAAAAAGCUUUCCAUCAAUAACUUUGGCAGUGCAAAAUAUCCUACUUGGAAUGCAAACGCUGGUUUGUUAGCAUACAAAUCUUUGAUUGAGUUGGUACUCUUUGGAUGCAAUGGAUUGGAAUAUGUCCCAGUCAUGCUCGGGGAGCUACCCUUUCUUAGGGUUCUUUGGUUAAGAGGAAUGAAAAAGGUCAAAUGUAUUGAUCAGGAGUUCUAUUAUUGCAGCAACAACAACAACAAUAACAACAAUACUACUACUGGAGCAUCUUCUUCUUCUUCAGGGACAAUGGUAGCAUUUCCAUCUCUUAAAACACUAAGGCUAGAUAAUAUGCCUAAUUUGGUUGAAUGGUUGGAAGUGUUGCCUUCCUUUCCAUCCCUUGAGCAGUUGGGGGUCUCAUUAUGCCCCAAGCUGGAAACCACGCCAAGUCAAUUCCUCUCCCUCAAAUGGUUAGAAUUUGGUGCUGAUACAAAUAAGAUGGCACUAAAGUUGUUGUCAAGCAACCUUAUCUCUCUCAACUAUCUUACUAUUUCAUGGUGUCGAGUCCUCCAGUCUGUGCCAGAGGGGUUGCUACAAAACAACGCAACUGUUCUACAUGAAUUGUGCUUUAGAGAACACCCCGAGCUUGAAACAAUUUUUCCAAGUAAAGAAGAAGAAGUGGAAGAAGGACAAGUGGUGGGAUCUUCUUCUCCCCACCACCACCUGCAGCAGCCACUACUACUAGUCUUUCCAUCUCUUCAAAGCUUUGAAAUAAUUAAUUGUCCUCUUAUAAAGACUUUUCCGGACUUACAAGGAAUGACUUCUCUUCGAAGGUUGGAAUUAACCGGAUUUAAGGAAUUGAAGUCAGUACCAGUAGAGGGGUUGAAGUGGCUCACUAUGCUUGAGACGUUAGAAAUUGGUCGUGUAGAUACUGAAUUUUGUCACCCCCCGGCGAUGAUGACAACAGGACAGGGACAGACAUCGAUAUCUCUCUGA